AUGGUGCAGCCCGCGGGAGACGGAGUCCCGCUCUUUUGGACAUCGAUAUUGAUGCUGGUCAUCAGCUAUCUCGCAUUCGUUCCCCGGGUGGGAGUGCGGAUAUGGAGGAAAACAUUGGGUUGGGACGACCUGCUGAUGUUUCUCGGACUUCUUCUCUUUAGCGUGACAGCAAGCUUGUGUAUUGUUUGCUGCUUUCUCGGCUCCGGCCAGUUGUCCAAGGUGCUCAGCACCCAUGAUAUCAUGCAAGGAACGAAGCUGUUUUUCAUUGCAGAGUUCUUCUACGCGUCCGGGGCUGUACUAAUCAAGUCCAGCAUUGCAGUGACGCUGCUGCGAAUCGACGACUCACGUCGUCCGAUCAAAUAUACCAUCUGGGCCAUCAUGAUCGCCACAGGCGUAUCAGCUAUAGUAUUCAUCAUCGGAGUCGCAAAUAUCUGCCAUCCCAUCACCACACUAUGGGGCCAGACAACUACCGGAACGUGCGAUAACAAGCUCAACAGCGAUGUCAGCUUCUUCUUCUCGGCCAUUGAAAUCAUGACCGACUGGUCAUUGGCGAUCAUCCCUGGGAUUCUGUUGUGGAAUCUGCAGAUGAGGAAGAGGGUCAAGUUCAUGCUUAUUAUAAUUCUUGGUCUAGCCGCGUUUGACCCUUCAGAGUUCAUGUUCAGCACUGGAAAAAUCGGUCUGUGGUCCGUUAUUGAAGAAGGGAUUGGUAUAUUUGCCGGCUCGUUGCCCGCCUUGCGUCCUCUGCUCUCGCUAUCCUGCCUUGGUCGUAGCCAGAACGGUCUAUCCAGCGGCAAUGGUGGUGCGGGCACCGGUUCAACCAAGCAAUCGAGACGUAGAAACCAACUUCUGGAUUCAGAUGUUCAUAUGGAAGCCUUCCAGCAGCGGAGGAACAGAGACGGAGACGGGGACAGUCAACAGCACAUCUUGAAGGAAACCGAAGUUGCAGUCACCGCGAGAGACAAUUCAAGAACUCGUGGGGAGUGGGAAAGAACGCAAGUCCUUGGAUGGAAAAGGUAG